GUUGAAUUCUUCCCGUUUGACGACCAACGGUGCAGCCUGACGUUCGGCAGUUGGACGUACAGUCGUAACGAGGUCCAAUUGGACUUCUUGCACGCGGAUCGGGUAGACUUCUCCGAAUAUGCGACAUCGUCAAUAUGGGACAUGAUGGACGCGCCAGCGGUGCUCACCGAGGAUCGAAGUCGAAUCGAGUUUCAGGAGGAAAACUUUGUUCUACACUGUCGUGUGAUUCUGCCGACGGUACUCAUGGCAUUCUUGAAUGUCACUGUCUUCUACCUUCCGACAGCAUCAGGCGAGAAGAUGGGUUUGACGAUGAAUGUGUUGCUGUCAAUUGUUGUGUUCUUGCUGCUGGUAUCAAAAAUUCUUCCGCCGACGUCUCUAUCCAUUCCCCUCGUCGCUAAAUAUCUGCUGCUCACCUUUGUGCUCAAUAUCAUCACAUUUUCCUGGAUCACCAGUCGUCAUCAUGUAACAUCUAUUUCCGAUCUCCAUCACUCGUUCGUCUACGCCUCCCACCAUGGAGUUCGAAGCGUCUUUGUCUAG